UACAUAGCAUCUCCAUUCCACUCUUUAAUUUUCCAUUGAACCCAAAACCAAAACAUAGGAUCCUUCAAAAACCAUAACACCUCUGGAAAAAUAUUGAGGAAGAACCGUAGUUCUUCUUUCCUUUUUCUUUUUUUCUUUUUAAUUACAUUUCAAAAAACCCUACAUUUGAUCGAUUUGAGCUAUGGCGGCGUCAGUCGAUCGUCAAUAUCAUCCGGCGCCGAUGAGCGGUGUCGUUCGUACCCCAUUUAGCAACCACCACCGUUCCGACUCUCCGGUUCGGAACGGUUAUACUUUUAGUAACCCGCCUUCUUCAAAUGGCGUUGUUAAACCCGGUGAAAAAAUCAAGCUCGUAGAUAAUAAUAGUAAUAAUGGUAGCAAUAAUAAUAAUAAUCGCUAUGAUAGCGAUAGUGAAGAAGAUGAUGACGAAAAUGAGAUGAAUGUCUGGAAUGAGAUGAUCAAAAAAGGUAACAGCGAAUUGGAGCCGUCUUCCGUCGAUAGCCGUGAUGAAGGAACGGCUGAUCAAUGGAUUGAGAGGAAUCCUUCAAUGAUCCGUCUCACAGGGAAGCACCCGUUCAAUUCGGAGCCUCCAUUGACCCGAUUGAUGCACCACGGGUUUCUCACCCCGGUUCCGCUUCAUUACGUUCGGAACCACGGUCCAGUCCCCAACGCUAAGUGGGAGGAUUGGACCGUUGAGGUGACCGGGUUAGUCAAAAGACCAAUCCGGUUCACUAUGGACCAAUUGGUCAAUGACUUCCAAAGCCGUGAGUUUCCGGUGACGCUUGUCUGCGCCGGUAACCGGAGGAAGGAACAGAAUAUGACGAAACAAUCGAUAGGGUUUAACUGGGGUUCCGCCGCCGUGUCAACUUCCGUGUGGCGCGGUGUUCCACUUCGCGACGUGCUUAAGCGGUGUGGGGUCAUGAGUUCGUUAAAAGGGGCUCUCAACGUUUGUUUUGAGGGGGCUGAGGAUUUACCAGGAGGUGGCGGGUCGAAAUAUGGUACAAGUGUUAAAAGGGAGUUUGCAAUGGAUCCGGCCCGUGACAUUAUUCUAGCGUACAUGCAAAAUGGGGAGAAGUUGAGCCCGGAUCAUGGGUAUCCGGUUCGGAUGAUCAUACCCGGGUUUAUUGGUGGGCGGAUGGUUAAGUGGUUGAAGAGGAUUAUUGUGACUACAACAGAGUCUGAUAAUUAUUACCAUUACAAGGAUAAUAGGGUCCUUCCCUCUCAUGUUGAUGCUGAACUUGCCAAUUCUGAAGCUUGGUGGUACAAACAAGAGUACAUCAUAAAUGAGCUGAACGUUAACUCGGUGAUAACAUCGCCGUGCCACGAAGAAAUCUUGCCUAUCAACGCCUGGACUACCCAACGUCCUUACACAAUGAGGGGUUACGCUUAUUCUGGGGGAGGAAGAAAAGUGACCCGAGUGGAAGUGACAAUGGAUGGUGGAGACACAUGGGACAUAUGUGAAUUGGACCACCAAGAGAGGGGAAGCAAAUAUGGUAAAUUCUGGUGUUGGUGUUUCUGGUCUUUAGAGGUCGAAGUACUAGACUUACUCGGAGCCAAAGAGAUUGGGGUCCGUGCUUGGGAUGAAAGCCUCAACACCCAACCUGAAAAGCUCAUUUGGAAUGUCAUGGGUAUGAUGAACAACUGCUGGUUUCGUGUUAAGACCAACGUGUGCAAGCCUCACAAGGGAGAGAUCGGUAUCGUGUUCGAACACCCGACCCAACCCGGUAACAAGUCGGGCGGGUGGAUGGCCCGUGAACGCCACCUCGAGAUCUCCGAUUCUGGCCCAACAUUGAAGAGGACAGCAUCCACCCCAUUCAUGAACACCACCUCAAAGAUGUACUCAAUGUCAGAGGUGAAGAAACACAACACUGCUGACUCAGCUUGGAUUGUAGUCCAUGGAAAUGUCUACAACGCGACCCGGUUCCUAAAGGAUCACCCGGGUGGGUCAGACAGUAUCCUCAUCAAUGCAGGAACCGACUGCACCGAAGAGUUCGAUGCAAUUCACUCAGACAAGGCCAAGAGGCUUCUAGAAGAUUUCAGGAUAGGUGAGUUGAUCUCAACGGGCUACACCUCUGACUCGUCCUCGCCCGGUAACUCAGUCCAUGGCGGGUCGGUUUACUCCGGGUUAGCCGGGUUAGCCCCAAUUACAGAAGCGGUUCCAUUACGUAAUGUUGCUUUAAACCCACGGGUUAAGAUCCCAUGCAAACUUAUUGAGAAAGUUUCACUUUCCCAUGACGUAAGAAGGUUCCGAUUCGGGUUACCCUCUGAAGACCAGGUGUUGGGUUUACCUGUAGGAAAACACAUCUUCCUUUGUGCUAAUGUUGAUGAUAAGCUUUGUAUGAGAGCUUAUACUCCAUCAAGUACCAUUGAUGUGGUUGGGUACUUUGAUCUUGUGGUUAAGGUUUACUUCAAGGAUGUUCACCCUAGGUUCCCUAACGGUGGGGUGAUGUCACAACAUCUAGACUCACUUUCUUUGGGCUCGAUUGUUGACGUGAAAGGCCCAUUGGGCCAUAUUGAGUAUUUAGGAAAGGGGAAUUUCACAGUCCAUGGAAAGCCCAAGUUUGCUAAAAAGCUUGCUAUGAUAUCAGGUGGGACCGGGAUUACCCCGAUUUAUCAGGUGAUGCAGGCAAUACUGAAAGAUCCUGAGGAUAAGACUGAGAUGCAUGUUGUGUAUGCAAAUCGGACGGAGGAGGAUAUCUUGCUUAGAGAAGAGCUUGAUAAAUGGGCUGAUGAGUUUAGAGAUCGGGUUAAAGUAUGGUACGUUGUUGAAAAGGCGGAGGAAGGGUGGAAAUAUGAUACCGGGUUUAUAUCUGAGAAGAUACUUAGAGAUCACGUGCCGGCGGUUGGGGAUGAUGUGUUGGCACUCACGUGCGGUCCUCCUCCUAUGAUUCAAUUUGCGGUUCAACCUAACUUGGAUAAGAUGGGUUUUGAUAUUAAGGAACAGUUGUUGAUUUUUUGAAAGUACUGUUACGUUGGGAAGUGAAUUUACUACACUACCCCUGAAGAUAUUUGUGUUACGUGCACAUUGCAAUAUCGACGUGUGUAACACAUGCGUUGUGCUUUCGAAUGUAUAGUAGAAGUUGGGUAAAAUGGAGUAUAUGAACACUACUAUAUGUAUUCUAUGUAUGUAAUGUAAUUUGUGGAGCUUUUUCUUCUUUCUUUACCCGGUGAAAUUAUGUGAAUAUAAGUGCUCCACUAGAUUGUUUGUUGAUAAGCUUUUUGUUGUCCUUAUGAAAAUUGGUUGAUGGAGGAAGAAGUAUGUAGAAGGAAGAAAUUCAAGUAGCUAAGGUUUAUGUAUUGUAAGAGGGAGAUUACUAUUUGGUAGUCUCCAUUUACCAUAUUAUUAUUGUAUAAAUAAUGGUUCUUGAAUAUUCA